CAUUUUAGAACCAUGGACAGAACUGUCCAGUUGCUCGUUCCAAUUUUGAUAUUUUGCCUAUUGUAUUAUAUUGCGGCACAAUUUACAACGCCUUGGUUGCCGGUAUGCCCGCCUAAAUGCUAUUGUUAUGGACAAGCAGCCUUGAAUACAGCCACAGUGAAUUGUUCUCGCACGCGAGAGGGACCUUUUCCUGUGAAUGAAAUACCGGAGGACACAGACUAUCUUGAUCUUUCCCUAAAUAACAUGGGUGGUAUACCAAAUGGAGCUUUCGAUGGUCUUAAUCUCAAGGGUGUUUGGCUCCAGAGCAAUAAGUUGUCGGGCUCAAAUGUACCGCCAGAUGUGUUUAAACCGCUUACUGCGAUAGAGACUGUUGAUUUGUCUUUCAACGAAUUCACAGCCAUUCCACGCACACUUCCAUCAAGGUUGACACGCCUACUUGUGCAAAGAAACAAGGUUGACCGAGUGUUGCCAGAGGACCUCCAAGGAUACCCAGAUUUGACUUUCUUGGAGAUGUCCAUUAAUAACAUUUCAUAUUUGCCUCUCGGGCUGUUUAACUAUUCAUCGUUCUUGGUCGAUUUGAGAAUAUCUUACAACCCCCUCAAUGACACUGGAAUUCCACCAGGUGUAUUUGAAGGAUUAAGAAGACUUCAAUUUUUGGACCUUAGAUCCGAUUCCCUAACUAGUAUUCCAAGGGGUUUACCGCAGUCGAUAACAAACCUCGAUCUCGGCUAUAACUCUAUACGCCGCCUUUUUGCACGGGAAUUCCCUAAUCUUCCAAAACUUGUGAAUCUGUUAUUGAACUCGAACCAGAUAGAACUGAUAGACCCUGGGACCUUUGACGGAAUGAACAGUCUUCUACGGCUUAAUCUGAUAAACAACAAACUAAAUAUACUACAAGAAGGUGUGUUUUAUGGUUUGAAGAAUCUUAGGGAUUUGGAUUUGUCAAGCAACCGCAUCAUAUCUAUGGCAGAUAAUGUCUUUGGUCCUUUAAUUAGUGUUAACACUAUCGAUCUGGUUCACAACGAACUACAAUCACUGCAAUACAAGGUUUUGUAUAACCCAUCUCUGGCGAACUUAACAACCCUUUUUAUUUACGACAACCCAUGGAAUUGUGACUGCCACCUCAGAUGGUUACGAGCUUUAAUGGACAUGCGACCCACGUUGGUUGGUUUAACUGAAUUAGUGAAAUGUUCCUUACCAAUCAACCUAAAUGGUAGUACAUGGGACCUGUUAUUUCCAGGAGACUUUUCGUGUCAAAGUCCAGUUUUAUUGUGCCAAGAUAACUCAGAUUGCCAGUCCACUAAAGCAGCGCAUAUAGGUCGUCGUUACAAACAUUCGGGCAAGAUGUUUCUGCGAUCUUUACUUAUCUCAACACUAGCUCUAGCUGUAGCUGUAGAAUUGGGCCUUUUGAUGGGCACCAACUGCCAAAGUCCUACCCAGUGGCAACCAGUCUGUCCAUUCGAAUGUGUCUGUUUUUGGGGUUUUAGCUUUAAUGGCAAAGUCCUAAAUGGCACGUACAUGAAUUGUACGUCUAUUCGCCACGGGCCGUUUCCCGUGGGCGAGGUUCCAGAGGACACGAUGAUACUCGACCUGUCUUUCAAUGAAAUGAAAGAAAUACCGCCAGGAGCGUUCGACAAGAUACUGUACCUACAGGGUAUAUGGCUUCAGGGUAACCACCUGUCAGAGACCUCAGUGAGCCAAGGGGUAUUUGAUCCACUACAGUAUUUAGAGAUUGUUGACCUAUCACUUAAUAACUUUACUAGGAUUCCCCAGAUUUUGCCCGAAACUAUCAGACAGUGGUAUUUUGUUAGCAAUAAGAUAAGCCAUUUAUCUAGCACCGACCUCGAGAGGUACCCUAGUCUGAAAAUGCUCCAGUUAGCUGACAACAACAUCACAUAUAUUCCCGUCGGCUUUUUCGCUAAACAGACAGUUCUCUCAGUAUUACAAAUAGCCGAAAAUCCGCUCACAAAUGCUGGGAUACCGCAUGGAUUAUUUAAAGAUGCAAUUAGACUAACUACUUUAGAACUAAAAUCAGAUAUGUUGACCCAAAUUCCAAGUGGUUUGCCAGGAACCUUGCAAAUCUUGGACCUUUCAACCAAUGAUAUUGACCGUCUCUAUCCCUGGGACUUCACAGGACUUUCACGUCUUGAAACACUCGACUUGUACUCGAACAAAAUAUCCGUGAUAGAAAAUGGGACACUUUCAGAUCUGGUAAACCUAAGAACUUUGACUCUUUCUGAAAACCACCUGACGCAUUUGAGUGAAGGGAUUUUCAAUGGACUUGUCAACCUAGAGAUAUUGAACCUCUUCGGGAAUAAUCUGAAAACGAUGGCGGAAAAUAUUUUUAUCCCUUUGCGAAACCUUGCAUCUGUGGACUUGGAAUCCAACAGUUUUGAAACAUUACAGUAUGAGGUUUUGUACAAUCCACCCUUCAAGAAUUUGACUUCGCUCUUCAUAUCGUCUAACCCGUGGAACUGCGAUUGCCGCCUCAGAUGGUUGCGUGCGCUGGUUGACCUGAAGCCUUAUCUGCUGUUUCUUCCGGAAUUGGUGAAAUGUAUGCAGCCGCCAUAUCUGCAGAACUUGACAUGGGACGUCUUGUUUCCAGAAGAUUUUGUUUGCUAAACUGAUGGCAACACAAAAGAAGCUUGUUUGAAUAUUUUCCUUAAUGGACACAUCCUUUGAAAUAGCGCUUCAAAACAAUCCAUUAGAACGUAGGUUUUUAAUUAUCAUGGAUACCUGGUCUGGCAUGAAAAACAGAAAAUUAAACACACAGUGAAUAGAAAUAAACUUAUGACCGUUGCAAUCGGAUUCUUUACUUAGUAAUGUACAUUAAGUCUCGAGGUGAAUUCAAUUAAAAAUUAUCAUAAAGGACCAUUGAAAAAGGGUGUCUUAUUUUAAACAUCGCAUAUAACCUUACAUUUAGUUUUAAUUGAUUAACCUAUGUGGAUUUCAAAAUUAAACAAAUGCCCUGUACUGUAGGUAUUGUACAAUGCCCCUAUGGCAAACUGUUUA